AUGAGGGCCGCGAAGCCAGGGGGGCCGCGCGCCGCCCGCCGAGGUGCCCGCCUCACCAGCCAACACGAAGAGCGGCACUUGAGGGACAAGGAGCUCGAGAGCGCGACGGAGGCGGCGGCAGCGCCCGCCGAGCAGAGCCAGGGGGGACAGGGAGGCAGCGGAGGAGCCCGGGCUGCUGGAGGGGCACAGCAGUUGCACAACAAGUGUCCGCUGUCCCAGGACACAGGGCACGGUGUCGAGGGUGCUGCAGGAGCAGAUGCCUCGGGUUUGUUGCUGGGGAAGCUGGAGGCGGAGGCAGUCACGCUGCUGUGCGUCACCCCUGAAAGCUCCCUGUCCCCCUUGAAAAUGCAGUGUGACAAAGAGGGGGAAGGAGAGGAAGGCAGGACGUGGCCCCGGGUGCCCCCGGCUCUCAGGCACUUUGCACUAAGAGCAACCAGGGGCUGGGCUGCCCGCGACGGGGAAACAUUCAUCUUCACAGACGGUGAGGAUGAAGAGCUGAAGAAACAAGCAAGAAACGUCAUCAACACCAACUGCUCGGCUGCGCACAGCCGCCAGGCCCUGUCCUGCAAGAUGGCCGUGGAGUACGACAAGUUCAUCGAGUCCGGCAAAAAGUGGUUCUGCCACGUGGACGAUGACAACUACGUGAACGUCCGCACGCUGGUCAAGCUGCUCUCCAGCUACCCGCACACGCAGGACAUCUACAUCGGGAAGCCCAGCCUGGACCGGCCCAUACAGGCGACCGAGAGGAUCAGUGAAAACAAGAUGCAUCCGGUGCAUUUCUGGUUUGCCACGGGAGGAGCCGGGUUUUGUAUCAGCCGGGGGCUGGCGCUGAAGAUGAGCCCGUGGGCCAGCGGCGGUCACUUCAUGAGCACCGCAGAGAAGAUCCGCCUGCCCGAUGACUGCACCAUUGGCUACAUCAUUGAGUCCGUGCUCGGGGUGAAGCUCAUCCGGAGCAACCUCUUCCACUCGCACCUGGAGAACCUCCACCAGGUGCCAAAGACAGAGAUCCACAAGCAGGUGACACUAAGCUAUGGCAUGUUUGAGAACAAGCGCAACUCCAUCCACAUGAAGGGCGCGUUCUCCGUCGAGGAGGAUCCCUCCAGGUUCCGCUCCGUGCACUGCUUGCUCUACCCGGACACGCCGUGGUGCCCCGCCAACGUCGUUUACUAGGGGGGCCCGCGCGUGGCCCC